AUGCCACACUUGAGCGAAGACAAUGCUGAGGGCUCGGAGCCUACGUUUGUCUUUCCUCCAGUCACGAAAGACCACAUUCAGAACUGUUCCUACGACGCAUGGUUUCCCAAAUACCGCAGCUCCUGCAUUAAGUCGAGAAUAAUUUCGAUUCCUGCUGAGUUCAGUGCCUACUUACAAGAGGAUGGCAUCAUUCUAGCAGAUGACAGUGACGUCUUGGGCGAGGCGCAAGACGAUGAGUGGCAGAGUUCCGGCGCCACGACUUCUCACAAUGCGCAGCACAAUGCUGAGGACUCUGAUGACGACGAGAUUUCGCAGUUACCACCAAACGAGCGCUUUCCAGAAACCCACCAGAAGAUCAAAGAGACUAUUGAGGAGCUCGGCGGGGCUGUUGCGCCGAAGCUGAAUUGGUCUUCGCCCAAGGAUGCCAAGUGGAUUUCAGCGCACCAGAAUACACUCAAGUGCACAUCGCCAAACGAUAUAUAUCUUCUUCUCAAGUCUUCAUCUUUUGUCUCCCAUGAUCUUGCUCACGCCUUUGACGGGUGUACCGCUCCCGAGCCCAGCCGGCCCUAUAGUCCGAUUCUCGUUCUUCGCCCAUAUUUCACACCACACGUGGCCUUGGAAUUCAGGUGCUUUGUUAAACACCGCCAACUUAUUGCAAUUUCGCAAAGAGAUUUGAAUCACUACGCCUUCCUUGAGGGCCUGAGACCGAACCUCUGGCGCAAGAUAACAACAUUCUACAACGAGACUUUACGCCAUACAUUCCCAGACGCUAGCUUCACUUUUGAUGUCUACGUUCCCGAAAACUCCCUCGCAGAAGAUGGCCUGGGGAAGGUCAGACUUAUGGACAUCAAUCCUUGGGCGGUCCGUACCGAUGCCCUGCUAUUUAGCUGGGAAGAGCUUCUUGAGCAAGAAGUUGUCCGACCACUCUAUGGCCCACCAGCGGGCGCAGACGCUGCUGAUGCCAGCGGAGGCGAGACAACUGCAGACGAAUUUGACGACGAAAUGCUACAAGAUUAUCGCCCUGGUCGUCUACCCGAGCUCAGAAUCGUGGAGAAGGACGAUCCUGGUGCAUACAAUUUUAGCACCCCGCAGUACUCUGCGCACAAACUACCGAAAGAAGUUGUCGAUGCGAGCAUGGCUGGAGAGGGAGGUCUCCGAGAAUUCGCACAGCAAUGGAAGAAUAUCACUGAGGGACGUGGCGGCAACAUGUGGGAGCAACCGGGUGCGAGUGGCGCAUAA